AUGCUCUCCAUUUGUCUGCGCAUUCUCGCGUCUCAGUUCUUUUCCUUUUUUUUUUUUUUUGGAGCAGCUCAUUAUUCUUCUGUAUUUACUCAAUGUCAGCACCAUAACAAACCCACGUCUAUCUAUCUAUCUAUCUAUCUAUCUAUCUAUCUAUCUAUCUAUCUAUCUAUCUGUUUUCCUAAUCUUUUUCCGUCUAUAUUUUCUUUCUUUCUCCUCUUUUUCCGUCUUUCCCCAUCUCGUAUUUUUAAACGCCCCCACUUUCUUCUCUGUUUCAUUUGUUUCAUUUUUAACUACUUCAUCCUUUCUUUUUUCUUCUGCCUUUCUCGUUUUACAUUUUAUAUCCUUUCUUUGCAUACUUUUUCCUCCUCCAUUUUCUCUUUACUUCCCCAAAUUCUUCUUCUCCGAUUUUUUCUCUCUCUCUUUCUCGAUUUUCCUUUUCUUCCUUAUUGUCUCCCAUUUAUUUUUACUUUCCUUCUUUCUUCUACGCCUUCUAGUUCCCUUUUUCAAUUCUUCCUUUUUAUCUUUUUCGUCUAUUAA